AUGUCUGCACCCCACGACCAGAACCGUCAUCCCCGCCGCCGUCCUCUUAAGGGCUCAGCCUCCCCUCUCAGCACCCAUGGCAUGCAGCUCCGGAAGAGCGGUACUUUCUCGUCGCCAACCCACAUAUCGUCCGACAUCUGCGACGUCGACAAAUACUUCAUGCCCCGCCGCUCACCGACCAGCACUGAGCGACUAGAGGAGCUAGUCAACGACUCCAUCCAAGACCCUAGCGUGCGUCGCGUCACCAACCUGCUCAAGGACUUCGAGGCGAGGGUCGCUGGCCAUAAGAGCGCUGCUGCCGGCUCUGACCUUCUCAACGACCCGGAGGUUCUUCCCGUCCCGAGCUUUGUCCUCGACAGCACCUCAUUGGACCACACCCCAAUGGACAUUGACCCAAAGCCUACUGCAGCUCAACGCAGCCCCCACGACCACGCUUCUGACAGCGGUCUGGGUUCGAGUAUCAGUGGAUCGAAAUACGACGAGAUUCGCACUCAGCGCUCCAGCGUUCGUGAAUCCAUCAGCACCUCAAUCAGCUCAACACACUCGGCUGUCACCAGGUCCUUUUCCGCACUCGGUUCUCCAGAGGAGGAUCACGUGCUUGGUGAGCACACGUGCAAGCAGAUCCACGACUUCAUUGUCAAGCCCAUUCUCGCCGAGGAGUCCCUCAAAGACUUUCACUCGCUUGUCAAGGACGUUCCCCGACGCAUAGGUGAGAAGAACAUCCGAAACCUCCGUGAUCUCGAGAAGACCCUCAUAUUCCUCGCACCGGAGCUGUCGGCUACCCCGGACUCGUACACUCGUUUUUGCGAACGAUCAAUUCAACUCUUGGCUACGACCGUCCAGUACAUCUCCGAACAAGACCAGCGACUACCAACCGACCGCCCUUAUACUGACGGCUACUUCCUCGAUUUGAUGGAACAGAUUAGACGAUACGCUUCAAUCAUGGCUGCUACAAGAGAAAAAGAAUCCAAGGGCGAGGACCUAGACGACAUGGAUUACUCACGCGAUGAGAAGAUCACCCUCCGUGGUGGCAUCAGCCACAACGGCCGUCCCGUCGAGCUAGUCCGGGAGAAGAACGGCAAAGUCAUGCCCAUCUCGGAAGAUGCCUCAAAAGCCUUCAGGAUCAAGCGCCGUCUCUCGGAUGCCUCCGAGGACAGCAUGGACGAGGAUGAAGUCACCCGCUCCAUGGCGCGCCGCCGUAAGUCCGAGAAGCCAGGAGAUGUAAUGCACAUUUGCCGUGACUGCAAGAAGGAGUUCAAGCGACCAUGCGAUCUGACCAAGCACGAGAAGACCCAUUCUCGCCCGUGGAAGUGCUCUGAGAAGAACUGCAAGUACUUCGAUCUUGGCUGGCCAACUGAGAAGGAACGUGACAGGCAUAUGAACGACAAGCACUCUGCUGCUCCUGCCCAGUACAAGUGUCUCUACCCACCAUGCUCGUACGCCUCAAAGCGUGAGUCCAACUGCAAGCAGCACAUGGAGAAGGCUCAUGGCUGGGAGUACGUUCGUUCCAAGAGCAACGGUCGCAAGAAGGGUCCUACUGGCAGCGAGAACAGCCCCACUACCCCUCUUACUCCUUUCAUUGGCACACCAAUGUCAGCGACCAUGACUACACCCAUCACACCGUUCAUCCCAUCGCCACAAGUGCCCAUGAUCGACAACUUUGACUUCUACGGCGUUAACACGCCAGCUUUGAGCCACCAGGGUUUCCAGGAUGACUUCCGCCGUGACUCGAUCACAACCGACGGCUCCUUCUUCACCUACUCAUCUGGACGUUCGCCCGUUGAGCCCACAUCCUUUGUUGAUGCUGUGACCCCAGAAGAUACUCACAUCAACCACAACGACAUCUACAACGCCUGUGACCUGAACGCAAAUUUCAACACGGGUUUCCAGCAGCCAACCCCAAUGAGCACGGCGUUUGACUACGCGCCAUUGCCAUUCGCAACCAGCAGCACGAUGAAUGGGCUCCCACACCUAUCACCGUUGGCUCAGCCUGACGUUACUCUCUUCUCACCACACAUGGAUGAGGGUUUCAGUGGUGAUAUGGAUAUGACCAUGCAGGGCUUCAGUCGCCCCACUGAGGACUUCACGUUGUUCGAUACCGCGCCGCCUAGCCAGAUGGCGUUCAACAACACGUCCAAUUUCUUCCCCGAUUUCAACCAGCUUGGGGGGCAAUUCGACAACUUGUACGCCGAGCCCACCACUACGUUGGAUGAUUUAACCUUUAUGGGCUAUGGAAACCCGCAGUAA